AUGUCUAGUAAAGUUAGUUUUCACGUAAAAUGAUCAGCUUUGCAGACUUCAAUGUGUCCAUAAAAAGUGCUGGCAGCUUAAAGAUUUCUAUUAAAAGAGAGUGAGCAGUAGAGAUAAGAGACAAAGCUUUUAAAAAACCAAAUUCACUUUUGGAAAUAAAAAAAAUCCGUUGUUACGAUCAGUAUAUAUGUUAUGGUUCAAUUUUAUCCUUGGUUUAAAUUUUAUUUCCCUUUGUUUUUGGGUAUGGUAAUGUAUGAUAAUGAGUUUCAAACAAAGGGAAAUAUAUUUUAAACCAUUAGGAUAAAAUUGAACCACAACAUAUAUACUGAUUUCUUGUUCGAAGGAACUUUAACUUUAAAAGGCCUUGGUCUGGUAUGAAUAAUGUAAAAGUAAAUGCUUUAAUUAACUAUGGACUGGAACAACCAAUCACUUUCAAUCCUUGACUGGGUUGUUUGCAAAGCCAAUGAACACAAAAGAAUACGGAAUCAAUCGACAUUUAAUUCCUCACAAAAAACUUAAAUGCUAUUUUAAGGGUUUGAGGGUUGUUUUUAUAACUCUGCAAGUGCAUUCUGAGUGACGGUAUAUAAGCUGUCACACUUAAAGUGAGAUAUAACUUAUAGGCCUCGAAAGUGAAAUUUUCUCCUCUUUUUGUCACUAUUAUAAAAAGAGACAAUUUUAGGGGUCUCUUAACUAGUCAAAAAAUUCCUCCGCCGCCAUAAUCAUUUUGACGCCAACUAUUGAAAGGAAUCUUCUCUUUAAUUCAAUUGGGCCCGACUAAACAUAAUGGGGACAAAGUUUCUUGAAGCAGAUCUGGCAUACUGAGCAUAUUUUAAAACGUCAACGCGCGCUCUAACUAAACCUAGGCAUAUUUAGCAUCAAAGAGUGAUGACGGCGCACGCAGUCUAAUGACGAAGAGGCGAAUUGAUCACCGGAUCCUUUCCGCGCGCUUUCACCUUUUUAUUUGACGUUGCCUGGCCUUUGCUAUAUCUGCCAACCAGUCGCAUGCAGCAUCUCAUGCAAUAAACCUCAACAAGAGAUUUUUGUUAGUUAAAGUAUCUUAAUCUUUACUGGAAGUGCAGCUACAACGCAAAUACACUUGACUUCCUCGCCUACACGUUGCAAAAAUUCCUUUAGCAAGGUCAACCCCUAUAUUAUCAUAGUGCUUCUGUAUUAAACAAACCCGGCAAGACGUGCGAGGCACAACUUGCGUCACUACGGUAGUGAGAUAAUAAGUCAGCUUUAACCAAACUUAGUAAUUAUGGUGAUGUGAGUGGGAAUUAUUGGUUUUGUUCAAGCAACUGGAAAAGUGCCCGCGCGUGACAUUUCAUAAACUUGCAACAAGUUGACCUCACGUGUUUCUUAGGGCGAGCGGAACUUGUAAGCUUGUUAGGCCGCGAAGCGGCCAAGCGAGUGACCAAGUCGCGAGAGGUAUUCGUCCUGCGCCAUAUUAAAUGGGACAAAGGACUUUUUUGAAAGUCUAGACAUUUCAUUGCAGCGCUGUGACUGAAGUCGGAUUUUCAAGGACACUACCCAAUAUUUUAUGUGACUUUAAACUGUGGUUAUGCUCUGUUUAGCUCUGAGCGUGAUCGUCAUUAGAACGAACGUGCUUUGGCAUACUUGCUGUAUAGUAGGUCACAUUAUGGCGCGGCCUCUCAUUCUGAUUUGACACACGUUAGUAUGAAAUCUGAUAAUUUGUCCAUAACUGUUAUAAAUGUUCUGCUUUUUGGUUAUCCAAUGGCAGCAGUGGUUCAUUGACUCAAUAAUUACUAGAACCACCUCAACUCUGGGACUACAAUCGAGACAACAGUCCGGCUGUGCUGUGAAAGCUGCCCAAUAGCCUGGUCUAUCAAUAUAAUUAUCUACAAGCUUUGCAGAUUUCAGUGUGAUUCUACUUGGUUAUUUUUGCUGAUCAGGUCUUCUUUAGAUCCUGCUUUCUGCAGCAUAGUGGUUUGCAGCCCCUUAGAGUGUUUAUUUAUUAAUCUAUCAAACAUGAUCAAGCUGAUAAGAGUGUACCGUGCAUAGCAUCAAGAGCCCUCAAAAUAACUGUUAGAGCGGCUAAUGAUCUUGUUUGACCAUAUAAGAAGAUAUAAGGUUUAGGCUCCAAAACCUAGGUGAAGUGGCCAAGUAGUUAUCUGAUAGCUUAAACUGGCUAACUAGAGCUUAGUUGAAUGACCAUGAAUGCCACCCACUAAUCUCUUCUGCUUCAGCCUAACAGACCGCCUAGCACUGAAAGCUUAGAAAACAGAGCAUAACCACAAACGUAAGAUGUACUCUUCUCACGUCAAUUAGUCAGGUCGCAACCGAUUUUGGAUGCUCAGUUUAAGAACUCACGUACAUUGUUUAGGAUUUUGGCAUGAACGCCGGCUGUCAACACAAUCUCAGGUACCUAGAAGGGGUAGCCUUAAAAACAACUCUUGAAGUACUUCAAGACUUUCUUAUAUCAUACAUUGCUUGUUGAAGCUGCGACAGAAUAUUUUCCCUCUUUCAUUGUAGACACUGAGUAUCACGUUGCAGCCUCCUUAAUUGAAAAGCACAAAAUCCUGCCUAAAAUCUUUUUUCAAGUUUCCUGAAGCUUUUAAGAGAAAGGAUCAGAUAUUGUUCAUCUCAUACCGAUUGAAAGGGCUCUAGUGCUUUUUCAACUGAAUCUAUAAUCUGAAUCUACACUGCAGCCUCUUUUUUCUCUAGGCGGCGUUUAAAUCAAGGCCAAAGGUUUCUCAAUAAAACAAGUGUUUUCGUUUCUGCCAAAUCUCCUGCGGUUAACUUGAUGACUAUAUAAAAGAAGCAUGAUGAGUUAGUAAGUGAACCAGGAAGUAUCUGGUACUCUAACGAAUAUCAAAGGAAAAUGAUAAAAUUGGGUCAAGUAGGUUGACUCUUCUCACGUCAAUUAGUCCAAAUGACUUAAUAAUUAACAAUCUUAAUCAUCCCAAAUAGGAAAUAAAAAUCAGUUUGGAUAAACACUAGUAAAGAUAUUUAUAAAUGUUCAUAAAGUUGUGUUCUUUAAAAAACAUAAACAUUUAGGAUAAAUUCAAGAUAAAGAACAUGAACGUGUUAAAGAGCACGCGUAAUUGGAUUAAGCAAUUUCUUAAAAAGAAAAGGUUGCAUGAGAUGCCCUGGCCUACGGCCCACACGCUGUGGUCAAACGCAAAAAGUCAUUACCAUUUCCUGUUUGCAUUGAUCCUAGGGAAUGCAGCUGGAGUAUUGAAUCGAAAUUACAGACCUGGAAUUUAAAAAGAAAUAUAGUAUGUUGAAGAAACUGUAGAUAACAAUUGUGGCUGUGCCUACUUUUUGCCCUGAUGGAUGACGUUAGUUACAUUUUUUACGGUCUUUUUUCUAUGUUUCCAAUAGUAACACUGAAUUUUGGGCGUGAGAACGUUCAGCUGACACGGCCGUUUACUGAGCUUUAGAUUGCUUUUAACCUAUGACCAUUGCUAAGUACAUAUUUAACGUUCACAAUAACUAACAUAAAUAAAAUUAUUGGAAACAAAUACAUAAUAAAGGAUUGUGUAAUACAACUUCAUCUAAGUUUAUUUAUUUUUGGGUCGAACUGACCAGUAUGACGCUGUUAGCCAGUUGCCCCGAGAUUGAGGAUCAAUUCCUAAACCAAAACAAUGCAUAAAUAUUUUAGGUAUUUCAGCGGCGAGAUUCAGGAAUCUAGUAAUUUAGACAAGAUUAAAAGCGUGGGGGAGUAAAACUGUUUUAUCACCACACAAGGUUCAGCAAACCAUGUGUCCUGUACGUACGUAUCCUGCAUUUUUAUCUAAACAGAAACUCCUUGCGCGCAGCAACUGCACGCGAAGUUCAUCCUUUUUUUGCAAACGCUUUUUUAAAGUACAUUUGUUGCAUAUAUAAUUCUUUGUAUCAGCACAUUAAGUGGGAAGGUGAUGUUAAAAGCUAUACCGCCGGAUGUAGAAAUCAUCUUUUUUCGAUUGUCGUCGUGUGUGAGUUUUCUGUUUGUAUAGUUUAAAAACUUCCUCUUUGUUAAGGUCUUUAAGUGUCCGUGUUCCCUCGAGUCUCUUUUUGCGUGCGUAUGUGUGUGGUAUUUGACGGAUAUACUCUAACUUAUUCUUUUAAACUGUCAUUUUGCAAUUAAGUUUAUAUUGACUCGGUAUCUGUAAUGUCUGGAAUAUGCACCUAAGAGAAAUACUUUAAAUUCAUUUACACUCGGAAAACAUGUCUUUGUGCCCUAAACCAAAAGGGUUGUAGUAUUGACCACACAGUUGAAUAAUCCUGAAUGGCAAUGCAAAAGAUAGGAUGCCACACGUUGAUUUUUCCAUACCACCAUGUAACGGUCAUUUCCGAAUUAUGACAUUGUCGUGUUUCUUGUUUGCUUUAAUUAAUAAAUAUUAUUAUUAUUAUUAUCGUAUAUAAAUUUGAAUGAUUUAGUUUAGGCAAAUUUAAUGCACGUCCUCCGCCCCUCUCUCCUCAUUUAAUCUUAUAAAUAAUAGCACCAUCCUCGUCGGAUGACCAACCGCCAACUCAUCAGAGGGUAAGGGUACGUCUACUCCUGACCACACCCAUGAAUUAGAACUCUGACUCGGUAUUCUCUUAAGAUGAAAGCGGUUCUUUAAAUGUGGUUUUAUGACUACCUGAACGCUAGCAAUUAAAUAAGCGCAAACAUUUGCUAGACUAUGCAAGCUUUAAUUUCUGAAUGGCCUUCGUGCAUAAGCGAAGAUUUUCCGACCAAGAAAGGGGCGGGUUAUUAAUUUUACGGAAAAACAAACUGACCGACAAUCGGCAUUAAAAUCGGGCUUUAAUUUCAAAUUUCCGAUUCUUUAUGAGCACGUUUCACAAGGUAUAAAAAGGCCUGAGUUUAAAUGCAUAGAACAAAAAUAAUCAUCGUUUCUCCGAGCUGGAACUCGUUGUUUAGGGAAUACCGUGAACAUGGCGAAAACACUUCUGGUAAGUAACUUACUUAACAACAUGAACAGUAGUGUCAGCAAAAGUAUGAAAAAAUGACUCUCAUUUUGAAACGGGUUUAAUACAUAUACCCAACCUAUGAUCUUUAAUUUACUUAUGAAGUUCCAGGAGAAAAUCCCACUUUGGGAACUGUUAUUUACCAAGAGAUAGAUUAAGAUAAAACACCUGAAAGUAUUUAUUUAGUUUUCAAGCCAAAGUUUGUUUAGUUGAGGAGCUGAACUAAUAUAAUUCCGCGUCCGGGGUUGGACUUAGUAUCGUAGAGUACAACACUAAAACCUAGCUCCCACCAUAUGUUAAGGUAUUAUUGCUAAAUGACUGAAAUCGCGAGAGGCCCUUGUUUUUUGCUUCUUUUUUUCAUACUCUUAAAUUUUAUCAACUAACUGUUUAGAGACACGUACGGAGGGCAGUUUUAACAUGCAUGAAAAUUUCCCUGUUGCCAACACGGCCGGAACUGUCAACAAAGCCGGGAAAGCAGAAGAUCUUUAUAGCAAAGUAUCUAACUCAGUGUAAUCAUUUUAUUAUCAUCAUACCCAAGUUUUCUUUCAAAUUAGCUUUUUUACUGUACUUUGUACCCGUGAGAGUGCAAAGAGUACUUGAGAGUAUGCAGAUUCAUAUCGUUCUUAAGUGUGACUUUUCAUCGCACUCAGAGCUCACCGCAACUACCCAAUUAGUCAUGUGCUUCUGAUUUGCAUUGUUUGUUCCAGUGUUGCCGAUUGUUUUAGACAUUGUCAACUACUGACAUGAUAUUACUCGAAGGCAUUCAGUGAGCCGUCAAGGAUCGAAACUAAAUAUUGAAAUUAAAAACAUUUUUGAAGACAGUGACUAAAUUAGACGCUGCAACGUGUUCUAGUUUCAACUAAAGAUGUUCGUUGUUGUUUUUUUAAUCUUUGCCUCUGAAAAUUAUUAUUGAUAUCUAUUUUAACAAAAACAGCCUUUUGCAACCUAUGGAGUCGUUGAUCAGCAAUUACUCGUAAGGUUUCCGACAAAUUGAUCACAAAAAAAUAAGCCUUUGUUUGCUUACUGUUUUUUUUUUUUUUUGGGGGGACUUGUCGGCUAAACAAGACUGACUUUCUUGUGUAUGCCCAUUUGAUAAAUAAUUAUCAGGGACACUUGCACUUCCCACACUUUUACUUCCGGAACUUUACUCGGGUGCGGUUUUUUGACAAAAACACGGCAAUUACGGCAGUUCGUUUCAACGAGCGGAAAUAGUUCAAUAAUUUGUUUGUUCCUGUGUUAUCAUUUUAGCAUGUUUAAUCGAGCGUAAGGGCUUAACUGUCGAAAGCCGUAAUCUAGAGUAAAAAUUUGAAAGAAGAACUUACUUCUGUAUUCAAACAAUUAUUUCCUUUCUUGUCUGUCUGCAUAUCAAUGCUUUUCAACUUUUUCAAGGUCAAAAUCCUCUGGCAUUGUAAGACCGUUGGAUGACAGAACCAGUUUUAGUUCACCGUAGCUUAUUCUCCGUGCUAAAAAUAACUUCACACUUAAAACACUUUGUCCUCUUUGAAGUAAUGCUUUUCGAAGCCCUGACCUAAGAGUCAAUUACGUGAACUUAACUGAUAAAACCGUUGAUAGAAAAAAGUGUUUGUACUGGGCAUCCGGUAACUACAACUAACUAAAACUUUUUCUGUAGAUCCGGCUCUCGUCACGAAUCCCGUCUGUUAAGUAAUGUCAUGACUCAGUGUCUGAUACCACUUUCUCAGUUCAAUUUUAAGGCAAGACGGAUUCAGUACUGAUUACUGAGAAUUUAUUUCCUUCAUGCUCUUUGGAUUUUACUCCAACAUUUGUAACAAAUCAGGAAAGACGUCCAGGUUUAUAUUUCAACGAAACAUUUUCUAAAAAUGACAAUAGCGAGUGUUUAGCUAGUAUAUGGCGAUUUUAUCGCGUGUUUGGGCGUGGCUUGUCCUCGUAUUUGGGGGUGCGGGCUACACCUACAGUAUAUGCAUCCGACACCCACGGCAAGGGUUUGGUAAGGGAAAAUCCUUAGCCCAAUAAAGCCCUUCGAGGAAACUUUCAUAUGAUAACAGCCACCAAAAAGGCAAAUCAAAUCACGUCUGCAGAAAAGAUGUCGACAUGACUAGAACAGAAAAGGCAGAGUGCGGGCUCAUACUCAUAUUCGAUAAAAGAUUAACAAUUAACAGACGAGAAAAAUGCUGUCGUUCAUUGUUGCUUUUUCAAACACGAAGUUAUUUGCCCAAAUACAGGGGCACCCAACGAGAAUAUAGUUCAAAACCACUUCAACAUAGCAUUGUUAAACAUCUUUUAGUAUUUAAAUGGUAGAUAUAGGCAUAUUUUUAUCCCCUAAAAAUUUUUCAUCUGUUUGGAUUUCCUAGCUGAAAGUCUAGUGAUUAGAAAAUUAGAGGGAUCAAAACUUACCUUUUCGAAAAUUUCAGCCAGAAAAAAGGCUCCCGAAAAUUUUAGGUGACCUUUUUAGAGGGUAAAAAUCCGUUAAAAAUGGGCAAUUAUACUACAAUUAUGUCCGAAAAUCCUAGGAGAGGCAGACAAGCAAGAAAUUUUGCAAAAAAAUGUUCAGAAAAUUGGGUGCCCCUGCAAAUAGAUUAUAUCAAAAAUUGCAACUUACGCUCACGUGGAUUAGUAAGAAACUUGCACAACCUCUCGCCAGCUAAACAAAGUCCUGGUCAUGAGUAAAGUCGAACCUCACUUUACGGACACCCGCUAAAUACGAACACCUUGUGUAACAGACAGUUUUCUUCGUCCCUGGGAAAACGCCUUUACAUUUUCCCCAAAUUCAACCCGCUUAAUACGGACACCCGUAAUGCAGACAAUGGACACCUCCACUUUCUUACCCAUUCAUCAGAUUCUCAUACAAAGUCAAACUCACUUAUGCUGUCAGUAUUAGACAUUUCCUUUUAUUGUAGAAUGUUAAAAAACCCUCAGUUGAAUGCAUGCCGAUGUUCCCAACGCUACAGUACACCAAAUAGGAUUAAUUGUAGACUAUUCAGAUUAUUUUGGCAUCAAACGAGUUAUCAGGGGCACCCAACGAGGAUAUAGUUCAAAACCACUUAACAUAGCAUUUUUGAACGUAUUUUAGUAUUUAAACGGUAGAUAUAGGCAUAUUUUUAUCCCCUAAAAACUUUUCAUCUGUUCGGAUUUCUUAGCUGAAAGUCUAGUGAUCCGAAUAUUAUAGGGAUCAAAACUUACCUUUUCGAAAAUUCAGCCAGGAAAAAGCUCCCGAAAAUUCUAGGUGGCCUUUUUUAGGGCAAAUAUCCGAUUAAAAUGGGUAAUUAUACCAUUUUGUAGAUGUUCGAAAACACAACAAAUGUUCCGAAAAUUCUAGUUCUCAAAUCGUCUUCCGAACAGAUAUUUUCCCGAAAAUUGCCGUUGGGUGCCCCUGAGUUAUGCAAAGACUGGCGGUUUUGAUUAUAUUAAUAUAGGCGAGGGCGAUUUUUCACUAUAUUUCCGUGGAUGUAUUCCGCGGAAUGAAGGCUUUGUGAAGGUUAGACAUGUUUACACCUAAUCUGACGAUGCUUAUGACUGUCCUCUUUUUUCCUGUAGUAUUUUGCCCUUACACUAAAAGAUGUCUUUUACAUUAUAAUAUCACCCGCUUAAACUCUACGGACACUCUAUUAAUACCGACACUGUUUCUUAGAGCUGAAAAGGACCCAGUUGUACAACUUCUGAUAAUUAAAACAUAUAAAGCAGGGGAAAAUGGCCCAAACAGGGCGGAAUGGUAAUUAACAAAAAACUCUGCUAAAGUUCUGUGUUAUUUUUCGUUUCAGGGCCUGAUUAUUGUCACAGGUUUUCUAUGUAAUUAUGCCACAAGCUGUAUGCCGUCGGAAAAAUGCAAACUGCGCUCAGUUUAUCGUCAUAAGAUCAAUAAUACUAGCUAUUCGUACAUGAAGGUAGAAGUUCAAAGUGGGAUUCCAACUAAAAUAGCAUUUGACGGACUGAGAACUCAAAGCUUUACUGGUAAGGGAGAGUUAUGUUUCGUUAUAAUCUCAUCUGCUUAAUAAUAUGUUCGCUCUAUAGAUGAAACCAUGAAAUGUUGUCUCAUUAUGGUGGAUCCAUGAUGGCUGAUGACGGCAGCAAUUCGUAUUCAUGAAUUGAAUUGAUUGCCCGGUCGUCGGGUCGUAUGAAUUCACUGAGUCAAGCAGAAAAAGGACUAAUAUUCUGCCAACUUUGAAUAUGUUCCCAGAAAUUCAGUUUGGUAUUUCAUAAAUCAGAUGUUACGACGAGGAAAAGAAAACUAAGAACGCUUGACGUAGAGUAUUUUUAGAAAAACAACAUCUAGAAAUGGCUGUCUUCAUCGAAUUUUAUUUUUGUUUUCUGCCACACCGACAGAGUUCCAUUUUAAAAGAUGUUCCUAUCAGGCUAAAAAAGGAGACACUCCGAGAUCAGUUACUACAAUGCACUGGAAAUCCAAUAUCAACGGGUUAAAAUACUACUUGGCCGUAAGAGGCGGAAAAAUAGUGUUGGAGGUAAGCUUCACAAGGGUUAUUCAUUAGUUUAAUAUGGCAAGCAUUUCUGAGGGCUGAAUGGGGCGCUCCAAGGGGGGGGAGGGGGGGGGAGGGGGGCUGAAUGGGGUGCUCUAAUUGGUUGUUUUUUGAUCAGGAUUUCAUUUUACAGUACAGACUGUUGCCAAGGAAACAACCCUUUCAGGCUUAUUUUAAUUGUUACUAUUUUUUUUAUUAAUUUCUUUUUUGUCUGGGAAAGUUAAAGAUACACAAGUAAUAGAGAUAAGGGUUAUUGCGAUAAUCACCUCAAAAUAAAACUAGGACCUCUUCUCUUGCCGGACUAGGCCUUUGGAACCUGUCCAGAAGGAUACUCCCUAUCAUGGCCUAUACAGGAAAGUUCCCCCCAAAAGAAUGACCUCUUUCAUAAAGGGUAGGGAUUUCACUAGCUGAAGGAUAUAAAAUUAAUGAUUUGGAAAUCUGUCAUCAAGUUCUGUAAAAGGACCUUAAAGGGCUCAGCUAACAGACGCAAUUUUUGGUUGUGAAAGAAUCAAGGAAAUUUCGUAGUUUAGUGAUAUAAUUCAUAUUUACAAAGUUCUAAACUAGGUGUGUGAAAGGGGUACCAUUUAUCAAUAGAAGGUAAUGGAAUGGGGUAACGUUUCUGACAAAAAUGACUUAUCGAAAGAAUACGGGGUUGCACGGGGGAAACUGAGACAUGUCAGGAGCCCAUAACCCCGAGCGAGAAACUUCCAUGCGUCCGUGUCACGGCAUUUUUACUGACUAGUUUAUUUUUAGGCCGGUUUUGGCGCGUAUUUUUUAUGACUUAUUAUAGGAAAUUAAAGAUGAACGUUGACAACGCGAAGAAAAUUUACGUUACACAAAAUUAACGCGAAUUUUCCAAAAGUUAGGUUUACAUACAUCAAAUUAACGCGAAUUUUUUAAAAAACAAUGCGGCCUUACUUUAUUUUACUCGAAUUUGCUGCAAUACAAACUUCUCAUCAUACAUAUCUAACGGAAGAAACAGCAACAUUUCCAGUCAUUGUUAUCUCAUUGUUAUUGAUCAUGUUAUUACUCCGUGAGUGGAUCUGGAAAGGGAACGCUCCCUUGGACGAAGACCAGUCGAAAGACAUUUUGAACUCAAUUCUUAAAGAAGAACUGUCAGAUAGUGACUCCUAGGCGCUGAUAGAGGAACUAUGAGCAGACGAGGUUUAAUUUGUUAUUGAAAUAUAGGUGCUGUAGAGCAACAAUGAUGUAAAAUAGUGUGAUAUAAACCAGCAGUAGCCGUCGGUUAGGAGAUGGGGGCGAAGAUGUGAUUGAUGAAAACUGCUUUCACAAUUGUGGGAGCCCUUUUUGUUCCAGUGUCAACAAAAGGAUAUCAUUGCCGAUCAUGAAAACUAGACGGGAUUGAACCAGCAAACACAUAUUUAAUUCAACGAUUUUAUUCACAUUUGCUUGGAUACAAGUAAAACCUGAAUAAACUUACAUCGAUUUCUAGACUUUGCUAACACUCGUAUCUUACCGAAAACUUGUCCCGCACUAAGCUGAGAUCAGGCUCUACUUUCAUUUUCCUGGGUAAAUAGUUCCAGACCGGCAAACAAGCUACGCAAUGCCCUAGACAAACUGAAAUUUUGUUGUUUUAUUCUUUUGUUUACAUCUUCAUCGCCUUGCCGUAAGGAUUAGUUUGCCGUUUCAUAUUUUUCUACAAGUUUAAUUGUACUGAUCCAGGUCUACUGACAACUGGAAGAUCCGGCACCACUCAUUGGUUUGUUACUGUGGACUUGCUGACAUUUUAUGCAAAUUAAUAAACAUGCCUCGAAAACUAAACACCAACCGUGAAAGCAAUGAGAGAAAUGGAGAACAAGUGUUUAACUUUGAGGAUUUAUAUAAGCUUAAACUGAAAUCAAUUGUAUUAGGCUCAAGUCACUCUUUCCGAACACUCGCUUUUCUUCUUGCACUUCUUCUUCUUUCUCCAACUUCUACCCAUGCAGUGCAUAUUAGUUGGCAGAACAACGGAAUCUCUAGUAAUAAAGUGCCGCUGACCAAGUCAAGAUAAGGCUGCGGGCUCCUCUUGUUGCCCGCCAUUAACAUCGACGUAAAUUAAGAUGCAUUAACUUAACGCGAUGUUUUAUAAUCGCGUUAAUAAUGAGUGCAUCGUUAAUUUCCUAUAAUAAGGUGUCUUUUAAAACAGCAAAACCCUACAGACCUAAAAAUAAUAUUUUUUGCCUUUUCAGAAUGUUUAGCUUUCCUUUUUGAUAUUCGCUCAUAGACAUGGUGGAGAUUCUAUUUUAUUAUAUACAUACUGAGAAAUACUCACCAAAAAGCUAUGUCGUAAAUUUUCGUACGCAAAUUAGUUAUAGCCAAUCAGAGGAGCGAACGAUGGUUUUCACACGUGAAAAAAACGAUACGUCCAAUCAGAAUCGCGAACGAUGUUUUUUCACGUGUGAGAAAAAUGAUACGUCCAAUCAGAAGCCACAGAGGUGUGCGAGUUUCGCGCCAAAAUUCCCGCCUUCUAUUGCAGCUUGCAGCGCCGCUUCGCACACAUUUAUCAACGAGAAAAGUUUUACUCAAGGAGUAAAACAUUUCGGAAAUGGAGUGGAAUAGUUUCGUUUGUUUCACUGUCGAUAAAAAAAUACGGUAGAGAGCCGGCGAAACAACAGCGGAAAGGGAUAAACAGAACGAGACGUAAGCUUUUGUUGUGCUUUUUGUCGGAGCUACUUUGCCUUUCAUUUAAGCUUAAGCUUAUAUUGAAACCGGCCAUUUUACUUAAAUUCACUCAUUUUCAAUUGUGCAUUGAGAACAAACAGUUAAGAUUACUUAUAGUUCUUGGAUUAAACCUCAUAUCCUCACCGUCAUUUAUGUUUUUAACAAACGUUUUUACUAAAAAGCUGAUACUUCGUUUUCGUUGUCAUUUUGCGGUAAGUGUGUAGCGGCAAAUUUUAGCAUUUUUGAAAGAUUUAAAAUAAAAAGGCCCGCAAAAUGAUGAAUGACUCAGUAUGUAUAUAAUAAACACAAUACCACAUGGAAAGUGCUUUGUACGGUAUUUACGCACUCGUUGUUUUUGUAUCAGAAAUCUUACUCGUUCGCUACGCUCACUCGUUCGAUUUCUGAUACGUCAACAACUCGUACGUAAAUACCGUACGCCAGCACUUUCCAUGAAGUAUUCUCUAUUUCGCCGAAACUGGGUGUCCUAAAAGGUGUCUAAGAAUAAACUGGUCAGUAGAAACAAGGGGAAAUAGACCUAGAAUAGGAGUUGCCCGCUCCGGCCUAUGGGCUCCUGGACCUGUCUAUCACGAAGACGGAUGUGACCUCUCUCAGUGUUUUAUAUUGAAAACCAAUCGGUAAAUAUUACAAUUUAAAGCAUUCUUGCAAAGCCGUUCUAAAAAAAAUUUAUGGUCAUUUUUUUACUUUUAUUUUCUAGCAAGUUUCUUCCGUAACAGAUCACCAUCGAUUUUUCUUCGUCGCGGUAUGUACUAACUGUAAAACUUAUAAAAUACAAUCGGCUGCAUCAAAGGAGUAUAUCAUGACCGAUUCCGCAGGACAGGCUACGUUAGGACCUGACACGACUGAUCGCAAAGCUUAUUUCAAGAGGCGAUCAUGUUCAUAA